UAAAAUAUGUAUAAAUUAUAAUACUGUAUAUUUAAACAGAAUAAAUAAUAUUAGAUAUUCGAAUACGUUUAUCUUUUGUUUAUAUUUUGGUCCGGUGUUGACAUAUUUUAUAUUUAUAGUCGCCUAGUUAUUAACAGUCAGUUUCGGAGAAAACCCAAACUGGCGAUCGAUGAUAAAUGCAUAGGUUUUAUAAUAGGUAUUUACAAUGUUGGAAUGUACGAUAAUAUUUAUUAUUGCUCAUUUAUUCAUGUCGAAUAGUCGAAGGUUGUUGUCAGAUUCAUUUCAACUCUACAAUUUUUUUUAUUUUAACAUUUCUUCACCAAAAAAAAAAUAUGAUGAAUUCAAAAAAAAAGCUCAGUGGGGCUGAAAAUAGAAAAAGAAAACUGGAACUUGAAAAAAAUGUACAAAAACUACCUAAGAUCGUAAAUUUCUUUUCAAAAACAGAAACCAACGAGAUUGUACAUAAUAAAUUAUUUGAAACAAAAACGUUAUCAACUAAUGAUGUGGACCACGAUUCAGAUACGGAUGGGAAUAUUACAGAAACAGAAACCAACGAAGUGGUUCCUUCAAAUUCUGAUACAAAUUCAUCAAUAUCACAUACAAUUAUCAUACCCGAAGAAAAAAAUAAACAUAAAGUUAUUUCUACAGAGAUUGCACAUAAUAAAUUAUUUGAAACAAAAACGGUAUCGACUAGUGAUGAGGACUAUUAUUCAGCUAUGGAAGGGAACAGAACUAAUUGCAAUAAAAUACACAAAGAACAUAUUUAGUGAAAAUGAGGUACCCUAUGGAAAACUUGAAAAGAGCA